AUGCCGCCGAAGCGUACACCUGUGAAGAAUAUGGAAGGUGGUGGUAGCAAUUCCGCCGCCGCCAGCAACGACGACGCAGUGGAAGAGUUCGACGCGCUGGUGCACAUGCGUGGUUCAGCAAAGGCGAAGCUGACACGCGUCAAGCACAUGAUGGAUCAAAUCGUAGAGGAGAUCACGCUGCCGCAGGUCAAGGUGCACCAGAAGAAAGUGAAAGCUGCCUACAAGGAGUUUUCGGACUACCAUGAACGCAUCAUGGCGGUCUGCCCACCGAGUAAGAGACAGGAUCAAGACUGUAAGUACGUUGAAUUUGAAACAUUGUACGACGACAUUUCCCUCGCUCUCGAAACAUGGAUCGAGAUGCUGAGUCAAACGAAUCGUAAUCAACAACCGAUUGUGGUUCAACCGUCGCUUCCUCGUGCCAUUCCGCAUUUCGAUGGCAAAUACGAGCAGUGGGAAAAAUUUAAGGUCAUGUUUAGGGACGUGGUCGAUAGAUCGAAUGAUCCGCCACGAAUUAAGCUCUACCAUUUGGAAAAGGCUCUAAUUGGGGAUGCAAAAACCAUCGCUGAUGGCAAUUAUGACCAUGCAUGGGAAAUUUUAGCAGAAAGGUUUGAAGACAAGCGACGAAUGGUUGAUCAUCACAUCUCUGGGCUACUCAAUAUGAGGAAAAUGUUGCAAGAAAGCCACUCUGAGUUGAGAGAGUUGGUCGAUCCAUGUGUUGGUCAUGUCGAAAAUUUGAAACAUUUGGGUCUAGAUUUUACUGGGGUAUCAGAUACAAUCGUAACGCACAUCCUAUCCAAUGCGUUGGACGAUGAGACAAAGAAGUUGUGGGAAUCCUCGGUCGCCCAUGGGGAGUUGCCUGAAUAUGAGGACACUGUCAAAUUUCUGAAAGGUCGCAUUUCCGUACUUGAACGUUGUCAAAAGUCCACUAGUGAUAGUAAGGUCAAACAAUCCGCGCGUGGUGCAGUCAAAGGACUCGUGUCCGGCAAGCAGUCGUCGAACGUGAAGGUGAACGUGGUGUCAUCAAGCAGCUGUGAGUUCUGUGCAGGAGACCAUCUGGCGUUCAAGUGCUCUACGUUCAACGGAUUGUCGGCGGAGGAUCGCUUGAAGAUGGUGCGUGAUAAACAGGUGUGCUUCAAUUGCUUGCGACGUGGUCACCGAAGUGGAGAAUUCAAAUCGAGCAAGACGUGUUCGAAGUGUAAGCGGAAGCAUCAUACGCUGCUCCAUACAGAAGGUGGUUCAGUGCAAAAUUCAAGUUCCAGCAAUUCCAGUGUGACAGAUCAGCAGCAGGUUCCAAAGCAAGCGGCGCAGUCAGACAACGCAAAUGUUCCGGGUAGCAGUACACCUAACACCGUGGCUUCGAAUGUGGUCGAGAAGCCAAUUUCGCAAGUGCUGUUGCUGACUACAAUGGUCAACAUUUUGGACAAACAUGGAAAACCGCAAUCAUGUCGCGCUCUUUUGGACAGUGGUUCGCAGGUCAACUUCAUCUCGGAGGCGAUGUUGGAAAAGCUGCAAGUGGAUCGAGAAGAAAUCGACAUUCCAAUCACCGGAAUCAACAGCGUCAGAUCCAGCGUUCGACAACGGGCGAGGGUGGAGGUUCGUUCGAAGCAGAAUGGUUUCAAGAUGGAGUUGGAUUGCUUGGUCUCGCCGAAGGUAACAGGAAACCUGCCGACCUUUGAGGUUGACGCUGCUACAUGGAACAUUCCCGCUGGAAUCCAGUUGGCAGACCCUACGUUCUUCCGUCUAGGACAAGUGGAUUUACUGAUUGGAAUGGAAUGGUACGACGAUAUACUCAAGGCCGGUCGUCUGAAGCUAUCAGAAGAUCUGCCUACGCUCCGAGAUUCGCAAUUUGGCUGUGACUCUUUGAACGGAGUGAUGCAAAAGUUUUGGGAAGUGGAAAGUGUUUCCAGUGAGCAGUGCGUGAAGACUGAAGCUGAACAGUGUGAGCAGCAUUUCCAGUCUACGGUUCGUCGAAAUGAAGAUGGUCGAUACGUAGUACAGUUUCCACUUCGGGAAUCAAUCAGCCAGCUUGGAGAUUCGAGACCAAUGGCGCUGAGGAGAUUCUACGCACUGGAGGCAAAAUUGCAGAAGAACCCGGACAUCAAGAAGCAGUACGACGAAUUCGUGGAUGAAUACGAGCAGCUUGGACAUUGCAAGGAAGUGCAUGAAGCGGAAGAUCCUGUUGGUUUGCAGAGAUGGUAUCUACCGCACCACGCGGUACUCAAGCCGUCGAAUACGACUACCAAGUGUCGCGUCGUGUUUGAUGCAUCGGCAAAGGUUGGUGGAAUGGCAUUGAACGACGUGAUGAUGGUUGGCCCUACAAUUCAACCUGAUUUGCUGACGAUCAUUUUGAAAUUUCGUAUGUAUCGGUAUGUGCUAAGCGCUGACAUCGCUAAGAUGUAUCGGCAAGUGUUGAAGGACAAGUGUCAUACUCCGCUACAACGCAUUUUCUACAGGAAGAAGCCCAACGAGCCACUUCGUGUCUUGGAGCUUCAAACUGUGACGUACGGUACAGCUGCAGCACCAUUUCUGGCCAUUCGUGUACUGUAUCAACUGGCAAUCGACGAGGAAGCAGAAUAUCCUUUGGCAGCGGAGCUGGUGAAGAAGAUGUUCUACGUGGACAACGUACUCUUUACUGGAAACAAUUUGGUAGAAGUGAGAGACCUCCAACGAGAGUUGAUUUCGCUACUGCAACGCGGAGGUUUUCAUCUACACAAGUGGGCUGCAAACGAUGAACGACUCCUGGACUCUAUUCCUGAGGAGGAUCCAGAUAAACUGGUAAAGAUUGAAGAAUCUAGUGCCAAUGAGGUAAUUAAGACCCUUGGGCUUAUGUGGGAUCCGGUCGGAGAUGAUUUUCUGUUCCGGGCACAAUCUGACUGCAACAAUCCAGCACCGACAAAACGGCAAGUUCUGUCAGUUAUAGCAAGGCUUUUCGAUCCCCUCGGCCUGUUCUCACCAGUAAUCGUUCUCGCAAAGGUUUUGAUGCAGAAGCUGUGGAAGAACAAGAUGGAUUGGGACGAUCGACUGGAUGAAGAACUACUCGACGACUGGAGAUAUUUUUUGAACGCGCUGCCACUUGCAGAGGACUUCCGAGUUCCUCGGCGGGUAAUUUCGGAGGAAGCGGCAAGGAUUGAAAUCCAUGGAUUUGCAGACGCGUCAAAUACAGCCUACGGAGCAUGCGUGUACCUUCGGUCAGUGCAUUCCGAUGGUACUGCGAGUUCGAGCUUAGUUACAAGCAAGUCAAAAGUCUGUUCCAUAACGCCUAUGUCCAUCCCGCGCAAGGAGCUGAUGGCAGCUCUACUCCUGCAUCGAUUGGUUAAGAAAGUGGUUGACGCAAUGGAAUUGGAACACGUUCCGGUUACUCUCUGGUCCGACAGCCAGGUGGUCAUUGCGUGGCUAAAAGCAGUUGGACUGCCUGCAAGUAUUCACAACCCAGCAGAUAUUGUAUCGCGAGGCAUGCCAGCGAAAGCGCUCGCGACGAGCAACCUAUGGUGGAAUGGACCGUUUUUCCUGUGCAGUGCAGCAUAUGACGAAGUGGUUCCUGCAGCUCUGGAAGAUGGAGAGAUUCCUGAACUGAAGCCGGCAGUAUCUGUCAACGUGGCAACUGUAUACGAGGAGCUUCCGAUAUUGACAAAGUUUGAGUCAUUUCGGAAGACACAAAGGAUCAUCGCCUACGUUUUAAGGUUCAUCAAAAACUGCCGUAAGAUUGGUGAACGAAGCACUGCAACGACGCCCACGAUUUCUGAACUGAAGGAGGCAAACAAGCGGAUGAAAUCGAUCGCCUGCAAGCGGGGGAGCCAUGCAAGAGAAUCGGCAAUCUGA